UUUGUCGUAAUAUGUUCGCCAAGAGACAAAGUACGAGGGACAAUUCGAUCGAGUCUCGCAAGCGGAGCUCGAUCAAGGAAAGCGACUUCUUCUCGCUGAAUCUUCGUAUGCUGGCGAUCAGAAAGUUACAAGAGAAGGACGAUCUGCACACGGUGGACGCGUCUAUGGUGUGGCAGAGACUAUCGGCGGGCUAUCGGAUCGUUGACCUUCGGUUAAACAGAUUCAUGCAAACGCUCCACUUUGUACUAGUACAUCGCCGCCCGAAGUACAGUUUAUUACGCUUAAAAGAUAUCCGUAAAUUUCGAAGCAAAUCUCUACUCGAUCGCCCCGAUCACCCUAUGCGUCAUACGCUCGUUGCUCUAAAUGGAAAUAAAUUUCCUUUUCCCUCGUGCACCUUAAAACACCGAUAUUUCAAAGAAAUUGCACGAAUACGGCGAAUGCUUCGGAUUAGACCGAAUCAGAUUGGAAUUACGCGUGUUUCAGACCUAUUUCUGUCGAACGGAACCGCUCAUAUGGAAAAUAUGAUUAGCUUCUGCGCAGUUAAAGAGGGAACCAACGAUCUCGUAGGUGUACUUGUCGCCUCGAUGUUCGAGAAAUCUCAAUGGUACAUUAAGAAGGAACUGUACAGCAUCGUGAAACAUGUCUUACAAGGAGAGACGUUGCGUCAGGUAAUGACGUUGAAAAACUACGUCACUGGCAAGGCUCAGAGGCACGAAAUGAUGAACGUGGGCGGACUCGUAUGGAUCGACAUCCUCUGUGUAAAACCCGAGCAUCAGAAUAAUGGCAUCGGCACCGCGUUGGUACGUUCUUGCAUGGCUCGAGCGAGUUACCUCGAGACCGUUUGCGCCGGACAAUUCACUUGCGGAGCUGCCCAAACCAUCGGUACGUUUCGUUUCGUCCGCCGUUUCGCGACGACGACGACCAAGCGGUUCGCGUCGUCUUUCAGAUAACGCGUCAACGCGAUCCGAUCCUUUCAGCCAGGAGGUUAAAUUUCCAAACGCUCUAUGAAAUACCGUACGAACAUUUGCACAAGGAGAAGAGCAAAUUCAAGGUUUUCGGACACUGUCAUCCGGAAAAU